AUGACCCUUAUUGAUUUCCUCAAGAGUGGUCCACCCCGGUUUAACAAAAAUGCCAAUGUGUUAGAGACUGAUCGGUGGUUUCGAGAUGUGGAGAGAUUUUUAUACACUCAACACAUACCGGAAGUACAGUCGGUGGAAAUAGUGACUUACAUGUUGGAGGGAGAUGCUCAGGAAUGGUGGCAGGAGUUAUAUCACACCUUGCAGAUGGAGUUAACAGAUAUCCCUUGGAGUAGAUUCAAGACGGAAUUUUACAAAAAAUAUUUCUUACAUGCAAUUCGCAUUGCAAAAGAAUUGGAGUUAAUGCAACUGAAGCAAGAAAAUAUGUUUGUUGCUGACUAUACCCGUGAAUUUGACAACUUGUGUCAUCUCUCAAGAGUUUGUCAAGAAAAUCCAGCUGACUGUGAGGUGUGGAAGUGUGUUCAGUAUGAGAAAGGGCUUAGAAGAGACAUCUUCAACUGUGUGAGUCCACAAAGGUUAACGAAUUUCCCUGAAUUGGUUAUGAAAAGUCAAUUCGCAAAAUGUUACUCUAUGAAGUCAACAAUGUUACAGGAAGGCUAUGGAGAGACUACUCCAGAUGAGCCACAUAGAGCCAAACUAGGUGUAUGUUACAAGUGCGGGAAGUCGGGGCAUAUAGCUCGAGACUGUCCACACAAGAAACACCGAGAUGCAGUCGAAUCUGAUCUUCAGACCUGA